AGUGUAAAAAUAUCCGAACGGGUUCUAUACCUUUAUAUUGAAAUACCUAAAAUAUUAAAUACCCGAUACGAACCCGAACAUGUAUCCGAAUGCCCAUCCCUACGAUAUAUGAUCAUUUGUCUCUUGCUUGAACCAAAAAAGUGAAACCACUGAUCACAAACUUUUCAAUGUGGGACUUUUACCAUUUUUAGUAAUUUAUAGUCGUUUUUAAAAAUUCAAAAUAUAACAUAUAAGAAACAGUCUAAAUUUUUUAAUUAUAUCUUUAAAGUGAUUGCUUAAUUUCUUUUAAUAAUAUAAAAUUAAACAGAAAAAGAGAGGAUACAAAAAUUGUUAUCAAAUAUGUAUUAUUCAUAACAAUUAAUUGUCAUAUAUAUGUUAACUAAAUUAGAUAAUUCCGUAGAUUUUAUUUAAAGAAAAAAAAAUGAUUAUUCUUUGGUACUAAAUUAAUUUGAUAGGUAGUUUAAUAAAUAGCAUCGUAUAAGUUUAUAUGGACCGACUUAUUUUUGUAAAAAUCAUUCUCGUGAUGACACGUGACUUCGAAAACAUCUUGUAAUACUCCACGAUUAAUAUAUAGUGGAUAUAUAUUAAAACUGAUGAAGCUCCAGACGUAAACCCAUAGAAACAAUUUUUUGUUGUUGUACAACCCCAUAGAAACAAUUAAAACCCCGUAUAGUGCAAAUGACAAGCUUCAAUUCACAUAAAAUACAACAUCUAAAUAUUCUACUGUUAGUCUUAGUUAGGAGUUAUCGGAACAACCAAUCUCCCAAACUGCAACUGCACAUAUAUAGCUCAAAUUACUUGAAAAGAUAUAUUCUUUCACACACAAAAAAUAUGCUACACAUAACAAAAAAAAAAACUCCUCAUAAAAGAAACGUGGAAAAAUCACAAACAGAACUAAAAUAUUUAAUGGCAUAUCAUAAAAUCACUAAUAAAAAUAAAAUAUUUGAUCACAUACCAUAAAUGAUUCUCACCUAACAAAUCUAAGCGAGUAGCUCCAAAAAAGAAUUAAAAGCGUUGACUGACCAUGUACAUAAAAAGUAUUCAUUACCAAUAUUGAGAAAUGUAAUAGAAGAUUUUCAUAUGUAGAAAUUAAAAAUAGUCAACAUAGAAUAUGCGAUUCCUAUUUUAAAGUUUAUAUUUUAGUCUAUGUGUAUGCAUACUAACACUAUAAAUAGAUAGAUAUGCAAAGGUCUAAACCACACACUCAUUCUCAAGAUGCCUUCCCUACCAAAUGAGUUCAUCCCUUAUACCGAUAAUACCAUGACCCAAAAUGAUUUUGUUCCCAUCCAGAUUAACCGAAACGAGACCCGAACGGUGGUUCGAUCAACGUUCGUUACUUCUGGAAACACAAACUAUGCCAAUUUGUUUUCUCCAUCUCCGCCUUUUACUUCUUCUUACCGUGCUUCACAAGUCUAUUCAUCUACCUUAACAUUCAACAGUUCACGCAUGGCUUAUCAGCCGAGAAAUAACAUGGUUUCUGCUGUGAGAAUGCGUCAAAUCUCAGGAUUUGUUAACCCUCAUUUUUCUCCAGUUUUGGCCACUCCAACCAUCCCAAACAUGUAUCAUCAUGCUACUGUCCCAACCAAUAAUAUGGUCACUAGCCAAAAUGGUCAUGACCGUGUCAUAACUUCUGGUCAAACCAUUAGAAAUCACUCUCCAAAUGUUUUUGGUAACGCCACUCCAACUAUCUCAAACAUGUAUGAUGAUGUUAUGGUUCCGACCAAUAAUAUGGUCACUAGCCAAAAUGGUCAUGAACGUGUCAUAACUUCUGAUCCAACCAUUAACCCUCCAAAUGUUUUUAAUAACAACCGGGAAACCUUUUACCCUGAACCUAUCGAUUACACUAAAGUCGACACAAAUGACAAAGGUGGUGAAAACAAGUAUCAAACCCAUGGCAUACCAAAUGAAAAUCACGGUUCAUAUAUGUGUCCUCAGUGUCACAGUCAGUUUGAUAUUUCACCAAUAAUAUCAGCUGCACGCAUGGGGUUAGUUCAUUCUAGCAAUGAGACUAAAGAUCAGGAAAACGAGAAAGGACCUUGUGCAAGAACUAAAAAAAGGUAUCGUGAACAAAGUCAUCCUGAAGUCAAUGGUAAAGCUCGGAAGAUCGAAUCGGAGGACAAAGUUCCAGAAGAGAGCUGUGGCUCUAAAACUAAUUAAUCAAAUAUCAUAUAAGUUAAGAAAUAUGUAUUUUGAAUUAAGCUUUUAGUAUUAAUAUCUAUAUGUUUGUAUUAACUUAUGAUAUAUGUAAAAUAAAUAAAGCUGAAUUUCUUUUUUCUUGUUUUCUUUUCACAUUCAUCACA